AUGAGUUCUGGAAGCUGGAUCCACGAGGUCGCAGCCAAUGUCCCCGCAGGGCGACUGUUUAAGGCCGCGAUGUUGGACUGGCACAACCUCGGCCCUAAGAUUGUCCCGGAUUUCAUCGCCAUUGGUUCUGUGGUCUCAGGAGAGGGAGCUGUUGGAAGCAUCAGAGAGAUCAAGAUCAGCAACAAUGCACUUCCUUUCAGCUACAUGAAGGAACGCCUAGAUUUCAUCGACCAUGACAAGUUCGAAGUCAAGAACACCCUUGUUGAAGGCGGAGGUUUGGGAAAAAAGUUUGAGUCAGCCACAUCCCACUUCAAGUUCGAGCCAUCGGGCAAUGCAGGAUGCAUCGUCAAGGUGACCGCGACCUACAAGCUUCUCCCUGGUAUUGCCGAUGAGAGUGCAAAAGCAAAGGAGGGCAUGACCAACCACAUCAAGGCAGCUGAAGCUUACCUCCUCGCCAACCCAACUGCCUACACUUAA